AUGUCGGAGAAAAAUCAAGCAAACAUUCAGGCUACUGGUCUCAGCAGCGUCGGAAGUCAUUUGUCGACAGCAGACCACGAAGUUGAUUUGGAUGCCGUCUUGUCAAAUCCAUUGUCGAUCGGCGAAGUUGGCACAACAUUAACAGAUGCUCAAAAGAACUUUGUUUUGAAACGAUUACAUUUCGACACUUUAAACUCGUUUGAAGAAUUGCCUCCAACAUGCACAUUUAUAUUUGAAAAAAUUGAACAAAUGUCGGAUGAAGAAGCAGUUCAGAUUUUGGAAAAAGCCCUUGACGAACUCAAGGAUGACGUUAAUGUCCAGGAAUCGGACCUUGAGUUGUGGAGAGAAUUGGUCGAUUACCACAAGCACAACCAUGACGAAGCGAAAAAAGGACAUGGCAUUGAUGGCGCAAUAAAUUUCGACGGCAAAGGGCACCCAGUCAACGUUUCCACCCUUUCCAACGCUAGCGAACACUCGGAUUUGCCAGAAGACGCACCAAAAGUGGUUGACUGGAGUUUGCAAGUCAGGUUGGAAGCCGUUUUGAUUGCUUAUUGGUCCCCUUACCCUGAAGUCAGAUCGAUUACCGACCCCUUUGACGACCCCACGAUCCCGGUUGAGACCAUCAGAGUCUACGUCAUUGGACUUGUUUGGACUGCCAUUGGUGCCGUCAUUAAUCAAUUCUUCACCGAACGUCAACCUGGUAUCAUUUUGCGGUUGGGAGUUGUCCAGAUCUUCCUCUACUUUAGCGGGUUGCUUUUGGAAUGGACAUUACCCAAGUGGAAAUUCACAGUGUUUGGUCAAACCAUUGAUUUGAACCCGGGACCCUACACUUACAAGGAGCAAAUGCUUGCCUCGAUUUUUUGCUCGGUUUCAGGAGGCGGUACUUCGUAUGUUUCUUCAAACAUUUUGAUGCAAAAGUCGACAUUGUUUUACGGCAACACCUGGGUUGAUUUCGGUUACCAGACGUUGUUGAUUUUGUCGACAAACUGCUUGGGUAUCGGGUUUGCAGGCUUAAUGAGAAAGAUUGCCGUUUAUCCAACAGAGUCCAUCUGGCCCCUCAUCUUGCCCAACAUUGCCUUGAAUCGAGGACUCUUGGUGAAAGAGAAGAAGGAGACCAUCAAUGGGUGGAAAAUAAGCCGUUUUUCUUUUUUUUUCCUUGUGUUUGCGAUUAGUUUCCUUUACUUUUGGAUUCCAGACUAUUUGAUGCAGUUUCUCAGCACGUUCAACUGGAUGACCUGGAUUGCUCCUGACAACUUGAAUCUUGCCAUCAUUACGGGUUCUGUUGGUGGUCUUGGCUUGAAUCCAAUCCCUUCAUUCGACUGGAACAUGAUUAGCACCAACACUCCCUUGGCCUUGCCAUAUUACAACCAAACAAACUUGAUUGUGGGGAUGUUUAUUGGGUUUUUCACCAUCAUUGGAAUCUACUACUCCAACUAUAAAUGGACGGGGUACUUGCCAAUCAACUCAAACUCGCUUUACACAAACAAGGGUCACAGUUAUAAAGUGCAAGCCGUUGUGAAUAAGGACAGUUUGUUUGAUGAAGCCAAAUACCAGGAAGUUGGUCCUCCUUUUUACAGUGCUGCCAAUUUAGUCACGUAUGGCGCAUUCUUUGCCCUUUACCCGUUCCACAUCUUUUAUGAAGUUGGAAUGCACCAUAAGCAAUUGGCCAAGUCGUUAAAGUCGCUUGGAAGAACCAUGAAGAACUUCAAGACAUCCACCUAUGACGGAUUCGACGACCCUCACUCGGUGAUGAUGCGCGCGUAUAAGGAAGUGCCCGAGUGGGCUUAUUUAUGCGUGUUGGUGAUUUCCCUCGUGUUGGCCAUACUUUGUGUCAAGUUAUAUCCGGCAGAGACUCCAGUUUGGGGUAUAUUUUUCGCUUUGGGAAUCAACUUUGUCUUUUUGAUCCCAUUGACCACCAUUGCUGCAAGAACCGGGUUCUCGUUUGGAUUGAACGUCUUGGUGGAGUUGAUUAUCGGAUACGCUUGCCCAGGGAAUGGAUUGGCGCUUGCCUUUAUCAAGGCACUUGGUUACAAUAUCGAUGGCCAAGCGCAAAAUUUCGUCAACGAUUUGAAGCAGGGUCAUUAUGCCAAGAUUCCUCCACGUGCCAUGUUUAGGUGUCAGUUGCUCAGUAUCAUUGUGGCCUCGUUUAUCCAGUUGGCUAUUUUGAACUUCCAAAUCACCGGUAUCAAAGAUUAUUGCAUGCCAAACAACCGUCAAAAGUUUACCUGCCCGGGAACAAGAACUUUUUACAGUGCCUCGGUGUUGUGGGGUGUCAUUGGUCCCAAGAAAGUGUUUGAUCACUUGUACCCAAUCUUGAGAUGGUGUUUCCUCAUUGGUUUCCUCCUUGCAUUCCCCUGCAUUGCACUCAAAAAGUAUGGUCCCAGGAAAUAUUUCAAAACGUUUGAACCAAGUAUCGUUAUUGGCGGGCUCGUGCAAUACGCACCUUACAAUCUUUCCUACUACCUCCCUGGUGUUUACGUUUCGUUAGCGUUCAUGUACUAUAUCAAGGACAGAUACGAGGCUUGGUGGCAAAAAUACAACUACCUUCUUUCCAGUGGUCUCGACUCGGGAAUCGCCUUUAGUGCGAUCAUUAUUUUCUUUGCUGUGCAGUACCACGAGAAGGACAUCAACUGGUGGGGCAACAGCGUGAUGUAUGAGGGAAUAGACGGUAACAUGGUUGGUCGUUUGAAUGCUACUGAACUGGCUCCAGAUGGCUACUUCGGACCCAGAAAAGGCCACUAUCCUUGA